UUCCAUUUUUUCAGACACAAACAACAUCAUGUGUCAGUUUUCUAAGGUGCGGUGUGCUGAGGUUAUUCAUUCUGUCUGUGACGUUUCGCUUUGUAUCUGAACCUCGUCUUUUCCUCUUCUUCUCUAUUCUCACUGUACAUCACUCUCCUUCUUCUCCGUUCGAAUCUUCCACAGCCCCUCACAGCGAAGCAAUCUACUACACUCAUCCUUCAAUUUCACAUCGCACUCGAGAGUAAAAAGAAGAGUGCGGGAUCAUCAGUGUAUGUGGAUCUGAGUUGAGUAUAGGGGUGGGGGUUUGGAGAAAGAGAGGAAUUCGGAGUCUUCAAGUAGACUGACCUCAUCAAUCAAUUGUGGUCAUUGUGAAGAAAAAUUUGGGAAGCCAUUGAUGGGAAAUGGGGACUGCACUAUCCUUGCUCGACCCAUGUAUAAGCGGCGUAAAGUUUCUGCGGUUCGUGAUUUCCCUGAAGGAUGUAUACCAUUUGCUUCAAGGAACGAUCCAGUUUUAAAGGUUGAUAUUACUGAUUCAGAUUGUGCUAAUAAUACAACUGUUGAGGAUAAGACUGAUGAACAUUUAGAGGGUGGCACUGAUAAAAAUUCCAAGUGUGAAAAAGACACUCAACAUUCUGAGUCGAAAAAUGAUGCGUUUCUUACUGAGAAUCUUGAUCAAACAAUUGACUGUGGUUUGAAGAAGGAAAAUUCUGUGGUCUCAUCUCUUCAACUGGAUGAGCCUACUUUAUCAAAUGAUGAACCUGGAAACGUGCCAUUGGUGGGCAUGGAAACUUCAGACACAGAGUUUGCAAGAACAGAGAAAUCUGUAAAACAUGAUUCCACAGCAGGUGAGGUGCCUAUGAUUGAUGGUUCAAAACCAUUGUCAUCUGAUAUCAAUGUUUCUUGUUCUGGUGCUUGUAUGGGGAAGGCUGGAACUAGAAGGUAUCUUCCUCGGAAAAAAGUUUCAGCUGUCAGAGAGUUUCCUCCUUUAUGUGGACGUCAUGCUCCCCGUCUUAGUAAGGAUGAAUGUCGCAAGAGGAUCUCUUCUUUGAAUAACAAGAGAGCGGGUCAACAGGUUUUGGCUGUAGAUGACAGUCCAUUAAAAAAAACAGCAGCCAAUGAUGUAAAAGAAAGCAACAUUCAAGAUGAAUACAGUAAGAGAAAACUUGCAGACAAUGUUCAAGCGGAUUUUGAAGGGAAUGCUAAAUUGCCAUCAGAAAACAAAAGAGGAAAGCACAUUGCACUUCCUGAGAAUAGUAAUCAUGAUCAGGUUUCAAUAGAGACCAAGGCAGUUGUUAAGGAGGAAAGUAGGGAUGCUGUAAAGGUUGAUGGAACAUCAGGGCUAGUUCAUUAUAAGUUGAAAGGAGAUAAUAGUAGAUUAGCAAUCUCAUAUGACAGGAAAGUAGUGCUAGGCUUGCCAGCUCAAUCAGAAUGUCCGUGGAGUUUUGAUGAAUUUUCCUCCAAAUCUAAUUUGUUUGGUGGUACAAAUGAAAUCAAGGGAAGAAAAGCCGAUUUACUUUCAGGGCCAGACAGGUCUAAAACUGUUGUCAAGAUUCAAAAUGCUCUGAAUCAUUCGGUGCAGAAGCCGCUGAAAAAGAAAAAGGGAAGUGCCCCUUCUAAUGAUAGGGGUCAAUUAGUAAUUUGGGAAAAGAAGGAUUCUCUUGACCCUAAUGAAAAUGAUGAAGACUUCCAUAUUGUCCCAAAAUCACAUAAUCUGGGUGAUCAUGAGAAUGACUCAAAUGUGACACGAAAUAAAGUGAAGGAAGCAUUGCGCUUGUUUAAAGCUGCUUGUAGAAAGCUUUUGGAUGAAGUGGAAGAGAAGUCAAAUGAGCGAGCUAAUACUUCAAAGAGGGUUGAUCAACAAGCUGCGAAGAUUCUUAAGGAGAAAGGGAAAUAUGUCAACACAGGCAAGCAGAUCUUGGGAUCUGUCCCCGGGGUUGAAGUUGGUGAUGAAUUUCAAUAUAGGGUGGAGCUUAAUAUAGUUGGCCUUCAUCGCCAGACUCAAGGUGGCAUAGAUUAUGUGAAGCACAAUGGUAAAGUACUUGCAACAUCUAUUGUUGCAUCGGGGGGUUAUGCUGAUGAUAUGGAUGAUUCAGAUGUUUUGACAUAUACAGGGCAGGGUGGAAAUGUGAUGAGCGCUGGUAAAGAACCUGAAGAUCAGAAGCUUGAGCGGGGAAAUCUUGCUUUGAAGAACAGUAGUGAGGAAAAGAAUCCUGUUAGAGUGAUACGUGGCUCUGAAUCAUCAGAUGGAAAAUGCAAGAGAUAUGUUUAUGAUGGAUUGUAUCAAGUUGAGUCAUACUGGCAGGAUGUUGGGCCACAUGGGAAGCUGGUUUACAAGUUUCGCCUGCGAAGAAUGAUAUUUGCAGAUUAAUAUGCAUAGAAGGAAGAUUUGCUGGCCAAUAUAAACUAAUUGUGUGGUCUGCUUAAUAUUUUGGAAAUGUAUGAAUUCCACAGUACAAGUAAUCCUGUUGCAUAGAACAUUUAGAACUGAAAGCUGUGGAAAAUUAUAAUGAUUUCUCACGUAUAUGUUUUUUUUUUUCCUUCACUCCUUUGUUGGUUUUAAUUCUUUUUGGACUGUGUUUGAAAUCUGAGGCAAUGUAACUGGUGCAAAACAAGGAAAAACAAGUUCAGAAUUCAUUGAUUUUGGAA